AGCUACUGCCGCGCCUACGACCAGCCAGACAUCCUCUGGAACCACGCCGCGUACGGCUGCCAGCCCAUCGCGCAGUAUUUCUGGCUCAACUCAGGCCACAUCACCUUUACAGCACACGCCGCCCUCGCGGCCGCGCUCCGCCGGGAGCUGGCCGCCGCCGCCGCCGCCGUUGCUGUCGCAUGAGCGGGCGGAGCGCAUGCUCGCCGUGGGCGCCUUUCUUGGCUCGGAUCUUAUCCCAAAGAGAACACAAAACCCUGUCGUUCAUCAUCGCUCGCUGUUUCUUUCGUUUCAACUGCUUCCGUCCCAGCAAAACGCAUGUACAUACCCGUUACCGUACAUGCCAAACACGCGCACAAUGCAAAGCCGUACACGCUGCCAUCCAACCCAGUCCAAUCCAAUCCAAUCCCACGAGUCAGCACCGCAGGCAAAACACAGCCCCUCCCUCCCCUGUCACCCGCCAAGCCACGGCCCCCUGCUAGCGAGUGUGGGGAAGGGGCGCGCAUGCAGGGACGCGUUUAAUGACGGGACGCGAAUUCUCCGCCACUCCGCCCACCGCUCGCCCCAGCGAGGCCCCUACGGCCCCUCGUCCCGCAGCGACUCUUGCCCACUUGCGACGGCCGCUCGUGCCAGUCCCGGGCUUCAUGCACUCCGCUGGCCGACGCAGGUAGAUGGGCUUGGCGGCGGGCAGGCGGGCGAUAUGCAUGCAUGCGCGACGGCGCGACUUAUUAUGCUGGCGGCCUGGCUGGGGCUUGGCCUCGCGUGAGAGGGGUGCGGAAGGGAGGGCGGGCGUAUAAGUAGGCUGCUGCUGCUGCUGCUGGAGGCGGGAGUGGAAGGAAAAAGAACGGAAAGCUACGUGCUGGU